AGAUAUGACUUCCUCCCUAAAUGAAAGCCAAUUCCAUUGCUCCAUCUGUCUAGAGGUUUUCACUGACCCAGUUUCCACUCCAUGUGGCCACAACUUCUGUAAGAAUUGUAUCGGGGGGUAUUGGGAUAUCAGUGACCUGUGCCAAUGUCCUUUGUGUAAGGAGACAUUUUACAGAAGGCCUGAGCUCCGAAUCAACACGUCGUUCAGAGAAUUUGUUGAUCAUUUUAAGAAUAUGACAGUUAAUGAAGGGUGCAUUGCUGCUACUGGAGAAGUGGCCUGUGACGUCUGCUCUGGGAGGAAGCUCAAGGCCCUGAAGUCCUGCCUGGUGUGUCUGACCUCUUACUGUGAGAUUCACCUGGAGCCUCAUCAGAGAGUGGUGAAUCUGAAGAGACACAAGCUGAUCGACCCUGUGGAGAACCUGGAGGACAGGAUGUGUAAGAAGCAUGAUAGGCUGCUGGAGCUGUUCUGUAGGAGCGACCAGACAUGUGUGUGUCAGUUUUGUGCUGAGACAGACCACAAACAUCAUCACACUGUGCCACUACAAACAGAAUCGCAACUAAAGAUGGCUCUUAUUCGGAGGUCAAAGGCGGAUGUGCAGCAGAUGAUCCAAGACCGGCAGCUGAAGGUGGAGGAGAUCAACGUUUCAGUGGAGUUAAGUAGAGACAAUGCAGAGAGUGAAAUAGCGGACAGUGUUGAAGUCUUCACUAGACUGAUGCGAUCUAUUGAGUCAAGCCAGGCUGAACUCAUAGAGGUGAUUGAGGAGAAGCAGAAAGCAGCAGAAAGGCAGGCAGAAGGGCUCAUCAAUGACCUGGAACAGGAAAUCACUGAGCUACAGAGGAGAAGUACUGAGCUGGAGCAGCUCUCACACACCGAGGACCACCUCGACCUUCUACAGAGCUUUUACAAGCAAACUACUCUUCCAAAAACUAAAAGCUGGACUAAUGUUGGUGUUUAUCAAGUCAACUUCUUGGGCUGUGUUCGAAAUACAGUGCUUCAAGUGAAAGACUCCAUCGAAGAACAAAUAAGAAAGCUGUCAGCUAUUGAACUGAAAGAGAUGCAGAAAUAUGCAGUGGAUGUGACGAUGGACCCCAACACUGCAGGCCCAUGGCUUAUCCUCUCUAAUGAUGGAAAACAAGUGAGAAAAUCGCCAAGGAAAUUGAAGGUCCCAGAUAAUCCUGAGAGAUUCACUAAGGAUGUCUGUAUCCUGGCAAAACAAGGGUACAACUAUGGGAAACAUUAUUGGGAAGUUGGGUUACAGGAGAAAUCAAACUGGGUUAUAGGAGUAGCUUGCGAGACAGUGCCUAGGAAGGAAUUCAUUUCACCUGAGCCUGAGAAAGGGUUAUGGACUCUGUGUCACAGGGAUGGCAAGGAAUAUCUGGCGUUCACAAAAUAUCCAUGCAUCAUUUUACCUUUUCCCCGACCCCAGAAAGUCGGUGUCUUCCUGGAUUAUGAGGAAGGCCAAGUGUCAUUCUUUGAUGUUGAUGCAAAGUCUCACCUAUUCACUUACACAGGGUGCAAAUUCUCAGAGAAAAUCUUUCCCAUAUUUGAUCCUUGUGUUACUGCAGAAAGAAAUGAAGUCCUUCCUCUUAUGAUUACUACGGUGCAGGUAAAUUGGUGACAGUACACUCCAUAUGUAGUGUAGAUCCAGCUACAGUGUACUGUAUAUGCUUCAACCUUAAGAACAUUUGACAUUGCCCAUCUAAUUGAUCUAUCUUUCACUCUCAUUUGGAAUAGAGGCAUCUACACAAUGGGUGACAUGGGACGUGGACUCAUUUCAACUUUAGUUUACUUUGGGGGUCUGAAAAUAUCUUUAACUUUGAUAUCUAUUGUUAUACAUUUUGCAAAUAUCUUGAUUAUAUUCACCUGCCUUGAUUGUGACAAAGUGAAAUAAAAUCCCAAUUACUCUAAUAUCCAUUUUAGAAUUGUAUAUCAAAUGGAAAUACUGUAUUUGUAUCGCUGUGCAUAGUAUCUUUAAAACACCUACAUUGUAAUGAUUAGGUAUCUUGCAAAUUAGCCAGGAAAAGUGACAAAAUACAUUUCUCAGUAUAAUCAUUAUUUUCUUCAUGCGAACCAGUGUAAGAGAGAUUGUUGAUAUACUGGUACAUUAAAUCCAGCCCCUAACACUGCUAGAAUAAUCCAAAGUGCAAGAAAGUAUAUUUUUUUAAGCAUACCUUAUUUAAGUAUUCAGACCCUUUGCUAUGAGACUACAAAUUUAACUCAGAUGGAUCGUGUUUCCAUUGAUCAUCCUUGAUGUUUAAACAACUUGAUUGGAGUCCACCUGUGGUAAAUUCAAUUGAUUGGAUAUCAUUUGGAAAGGCACACACACGUCUAUAUAAAAUCAUCCCACAGUUGACAGUGCAUGUCAGAGCAAAAACCAAGCCAUGAGGUCGAAGGAAUUGUCCGUAGAGCUCAGAGACAGGAUUGUGUCAAGGCACAGAUCGGGGAAGGGUACCAAAAAGUGUCUGCAGCAUUGAAGGUCCCCAAGAACGCAGUGGCUUCCAUAAUUCUUAAAUGGAAGAAGUUUGGAACCACCAAGCUUCUUUCUCGGGCUGGCUGACCGGCCAAACUGAACAAUCGGUGAAGAAGGGCCUGGGUCAGGGAGUUGACCAAGAACCCGAUGGUCACUCUAACAGAGCUCACUCCUGAGUUCAUCUGUGGAGAUGGGAGAACCUUCCAGAAGGACAACCAUCUCUGCAGCACUCCAACAAAUCAGGCCUUUAUGGUCGAGUGGCCAGACGGAAGCCACUCCACAGUAAAAAGGCACAUGACAGCCCGCUUGGAGUUUGCCAAAAGGUACCCAAGGACUCCCAGACCAUGAGAAAUAAGAUUCUCUGGUCUGAUGAAACCAAGACUGAACUCUUUGGCCUGAAUGCCAAGCAUCACGUCUGGAGUAAACCUGGCACCAUCCCUGCGGUGAAGCAUGGUGGUGGCAGCAUCAUGCUGUCGGGAUGUUUUUCAGCGGCAGGGACUGGGAGGAUCGAUGGAAAGAUGAACGGAGCAAAGCACAGAAAGAUCCUUGUUGGAAACCUGCUCCAGUGCACUCAGGACCUCAGACGGGGUUGACAGUCCACCAUCCAACAGUACAACGACCCUAAGCACAAGGCCAAUACAAUGCAGGAGUGGCUUCGGGACAAAUCUUUUAAUGUCCUUGAGUGGCCCAGCCAGCGCCCGGACUUGAACCCGAUCAAACAACUUAGGAGAUACCUGAAAAUAGCUGUGCAGCGACGCUCCCCAUCCAACCUGACAGAGCUUGACAGGAUCUGCAGAGAAGACUGGGAGAUACCUCCAAAAUACAGCUGUGCCAAGCCUAUAACGUCAUACCCAAGAAAAAUAGUCUAAUUGCUGCCAAAGGUGCUUCAACAAAGUAUUGAGUAAAGGGUCUGAAUACUUGUGUAAAUGUGACAUUUCAGUCUUUUUGAAUACAUUUGCAAACACUUUUUUUGCUUCGCCAUUUUGGGGUAUUUUAUGUAGAUUGAUGAGUGAAAAAAAAUAUUUAUUCCAUUUCAGAUUAAGGCUGUAACGUAACAAAAUGUGGAAAAUGUCAAGGGGUCUGAAUACUGUACGAUUGCACUGUUUAAAGUAUUGGGACAAGGACACAUUUGUUGUAGUUUUGGCUCUGUACUUCAGCCCUUUGGACUUUAAAUUAUACAAUGACUGAGGUUAAAGUGGAGCUUUCAUUUCGGGGCAUUUGUCCAUUUCGGGGAACCGUUUCGAAAUUACAGCACUGUGUGCAUAGUCCCCCCCCCAUUUCACUUAUAUGUGUAUUAAAGUAUUUGGUCCCAUAUUCUCAGCAGGCAAUGACUACUGUACAUCAAGCUUGUGACUCUAAACUUGUUGGAUGCAUUUGCUGUAUGUUUUGGUUGUUUUCAGAGUAUUUUGAGCCCAAUAGAAAGUAAUGGUAAAUAAUGUAGUGGGUCAUUUGAGUCGACAUGCUACCAUGAUUAUGAUAAUCCUGAAUGAAUCGUGAAUAAUGAUCAGUGAGAAAGUUAGACCGACAAAUAUAUCCCCAAAUAAGAGCUAACCUCACCUCUUAUUGUAAUGGUGAGAGGUUAGCAUGUCUUGGGGGUAUGAUGUCUGUAAUUUUCUCACUCAUCACUAUUCAUGAUUUAUUCAGGAUUAUCCUAACCAUGGUAGCAUCUACAUUCAUGUAGAAGUGUUUAGAAACAUUCUCUAUUCUUAUUCACAAUAAGUGAGUCAGAUGACAAUACAUUCAUGAACAAUUCACCUCUGUUGGAAAUAAAAUAAUCUAAAACACAACCAAAACAAAAGAGCAAAUGCAUAGAAACAAAUUUGUAGAUUCACAAUCUUGAGGUAAUCAUUGCCUGCUAUGAAUAUGGGACUUAAUACUUCAAUUUUUACUACACGAGUGAAUUUGUGAAUUUGUCCCAGUACUUUUGCUCCCCUAAAAUGGGUUGACUAUGCAUAAGAAGUCCUGUAAUUUCUAAACGGUUCACAAAAUGGAUGAAAAUAGCCACAAAUUAAAGCUGACAGUAUGUACUUUAACCUCAUAGUCAUGGUUUGAUUUCAAAUAUAAACUUUUGGUGUGCAGGGACAAAAAAAGAAAAUCCCAAUAAUUACAGAGGGCAUUGUAUAUUGUAAAGUCAGUUUCAAUCAAAUAAUAACCUACAUGAAGUGAUUGUAUCAAAUUGUAAUUGUUGCAAUAAAACCUUUUGAAGAA